AUGUUUCCGAAGGCGGUUUCAAGAAAUGUGUUUCCACGGUACUUACACAGCUGUCGCAAGCUUGCGAUGACUUUUGAAGGUAAUAUUCGUCAAAACCUAGGAUCUGAAGAAGAUAGGAUGAAAAAUGUGUUUGGAGGCAGAAUCAAAGGGGAUCCACCCAGAUCUUCCAGUCGUAUUGUCAGAGGCCAAACUCGAAAAAUUGCAGGCAUUUUGGUACCGCAAAAGCCUCCAGAACCCGAUAAUUGCUGCAUGUCAGGCUGCGUUAACUGUGUAUGGGAAAUGUACAAUGAAGAUCUGCGAGAAUGGAAAGAUAAACGUAAGGAGGCUUCUCAGAGGCUUAAGGGAACAGAUGCUACAUGGCCUGCCGACUUCGAGCCUCCAUUAAGUUUUCUGGAUCUACAAAACGUACCUACCAAAUUCAAGAGUGCUAAAAUUCAAAUGGACAAACAGAGGAAAAGAGGCACUGCGUCUUUAUUCCCACCAAGAGAAGGCAGUCUACCGCAAAGUGUUAUAAAUGCCCGACAAAGACAUUUAAGGGAAAGACAGAAGGCUGCUGCCAGCGAAAAAAGUCAACCGGAAACAGACGAGGGAUGGGACGACGUUCCAGUGUACAUUCGUGUUUUUGCUGAAUUUGAGGGCAAACGAAAGGAAGCUCGACUGCAUCGAGAGCAUGAUAUUUAA